AACAGCAGCCUCACCUCUCAGUUAUUUUAACAAUAAACCGGACGAUUAUGAAAGGAUCCUCGUCCAAUUUUACAUUUUUGACCUUUCUUAAAUAUCCACGUUUGAAAUAUAUGACCAGAUGAAAAAAUGUCUUUUAAUCCUACAAAUCCUCUCCAGGAGAAACCUGGAGAUGUUGGAUAUGAACCUAAUUCUAUUUUUCUUUUAAAAGUAUAUCCUACAAAUGAUUCUAAAGAGUUGGCAACUAAUAAUGAUGAAAUUUUACCGAAUGAUUUUACUGAGAAUCAAGUGAGUUUUGCCAACAUUGAUUCUCAAGAUGGCACACUUAUAAAUACAGUCGAAUCAGUUCCGCAUUCUGUCCUCGACUGUAAUGCCCAUGUGAUAAAUGAUCAAGGAGGAAUUCAAAUUUGCGAUAAAAAUUCUUCAUAUCCGCUUUUACUACUUCAGAAUGAGAUAGCGCAGCAAGAAAUUGUUGAAACAUCGAUUGAUGAUCCUAGGUCAGUUUUCAACAACUUUUUAUUUGCGUCAUUACCCAAGAGCGAUAUUUGUACUGUCUCAGCCAAAGACUUUGAAGAUGUUGCAAAUGUUCCCGACUCCACUGUGACGGUCUCAUCGUCCACAGAUGCUGAAGUUAAUUCUAUACUCGAAAGCCAGAAAGAAAACACAGUCCAAGCUGAGUUAUUAGAAGGAAUUAAUGAAUUAGAAAAUGAAGUUUUAGGUGCUAGAACUUUCGAAUUAGAUGCAUAUUCAAGCUCUGAUGAUGAAGAAGUUUGUAAGGUCAUUUAUGAUAAACCUGUUGUGUGUCGUGCUCGAGGGACUCUACCCGCAGAAUAUCUUUACAUAGACACGAUUGCCAAAAAUCGCAAAAAGAAAGGAGAGUAUGGUGUAUUUGUAAAAAAAGAAUUACCUAAAAAGACUCUCUUUGGUCCCAUGGAAGGUGCUUUGGUCAACCAUGAAGGCCCAGUCGAUACACAGAAUUUACAACUGUUGGUUGCGACCGAUGGAAUUUUUAAAAAGCUAGAUGUUUCAAAUGAAAAACUGAGUAAUUGGAUGAGAUAUGUGCGGCCGGCAACCUGUUUAGAAGAUCAAAACCUAGUUGUUUAUCAACAUGGUAGAAAUUUGUAUUUUAGCACGCUAAAACCGAUCAAAGUAAAUGAAGAACUUAGAGUCUGGUACGAACCAGAUUAUGCCAAUUUAAGAAACCUACCUUGCUAUGUACCACCAAAGAAGAAACGGAGGCCUGUUUUGGUGAUACAGUCUGGUCAGAGCAAUAUUCUGCAGUUGGCGAAACAAAAUACUCGACAGUUAAAUAAUGUUAAUGAAGAAAAUAAAUUUAGGGAGUGGAAAUGUUCAAGGUGUAACUGUACCUUUUCAAGUGCAACACUUCUUAACUUGCAUGUGCUUACACAUGCAGCAGAUAAUAUUGAAACAGAAGAAUUAUUUGCAAACAACGAAGUUUCACAGGAUAAAAAUCUAAUGACUGAACCUAAGGCUGUACAAGUGCAGGAAGAAAAUUUCUUUUGUAAAGUUUGCAUGAAAUCUUUCUCAAGUAAUACAGCGUUGAGUUGCCACAUGAAAACGCAUUCUUCGAAAAAAAUGUUCGAUUGUCCAAUUUGUAAGAGCAUUUUUAUGAGUUUGUUAUUACUGAAAGAUCAUAUUCAUAAACAUGCUGUCAAUGGGGUUUACAGCUGCCCUCAUUGCCCAAAGAAAUUCAGGUUGUACAAGCAUAUAAGAAAUCACAUAAGGACUUAUCAUAGCAAAAGAAAGUGUAUUUGUCAAAUAUGCGCUAAAGGUUUUCCUAAUAUGGCUAAACUAAAAUUACAUCAAGUUGGACAUUCUGAUCACAGGAAUUUCUCUUGUGCUAUAUGCGGGCAAAAAUUUAAAAGAAAAGACAAAAUGGUGCAGCAUAUGAAACGCAUCCACUUAAACGGUGAUCCAAAAAAAGUUAAAACUAAAAAAAAAGUGGUGCCUUGUACUGUUGAUUCUUCAGAAUACAGUGGAUUCAUUUACAAGUGCCAUAUAUGUGUGAUCGGUUUUAAAAGACGAGGAAUGCUGGUCAACCACCUUGCAAAAAUGCAUCCUGAAGUACCUCCUGAAUCUCUUCCAGAGUUAAAUCUUCCAAUUUUAAAAGAUAAUGUUUAUUAUUAUUGUCAAUACUGUGAUAAGAAAUAUAUGAGUAGUACAAAACGGAAAUUUCACAUUUUGAAAGCACACCCUGGAGAAAAAUUGCCAUUGAGUAAUGGACGAGCUGAAUCUUCUGGAAAUAAUUUUAACAAUUUUAACAAUACAUAUUGCCAGACAGUAGGGAGCAUUAUGAAAAAACCACAAUCGUGCCAGUGGUGUUAUAAACAAUACGCAUCCAAGGGAAAACUCCUGAAUCACCAAAGAAAGUGUCACUUAGACUUACUUCCGAAAUCAUUACAAGUGCCAUUAAAAAGCAAGAGGAACACAGCAAAUUGUGAAGAGGAUAAUGAUUCUUUUAGAGAUGAUGUAGGAAAAGAUCCGUCUGACAUUUUCUUGCAAAACCCUUUAGAUGCAAAUAUGACAGAUUUUGAAUUAUCUUUAGGAGAUAAUAGAGUAUUCUCUGAGGGGGAAUUUAUAAUUGAUGCUAAUUCGUUAAAACGAGCUGUAAAGGAAGAGGUUUUGUCAGCCGAUUUAUCGCCAGAAACCUUGGCUGAGCUUAGCCAGAUAAUUGACAGCCGACCUGACCAAUAUUUUAAAGUUUAUCAAACGUCUUCUGGCAUCACAUUCGCUCGUCCAAUUGAAGUUUGGGACCCAAUUUCAGCUUGUCAAAUUCUAAGCCCUGCAACAAACGACAACCAUAUGUUAAAUUGAUUAUUGAAUAUCAGUAGUAAACUGAAAAAUGACACAGUUAAAAUAGGAAACAAAAUCUGAUUAUUUUAUUUGUUAAUAGGACAUUUUUAAUUUUUUUUAAAUUGCAUAAUCUUCAAUUAAAUUACAACUAUUUGAUUAAGCAUUUGGAUAAUAUGUAAUUCAUUCCAAGAUGUAUUAUAAUUGCAAUGAAAUAUCUUUAUAAAUUACUACUGUACUGUGAUAAAGAAAACAAACAAGUUUUGUAUGCUAAUGUUGUGUAAAUGUAGUAUUUUACUAUGUAAAUUAUUUGUACAUACAUUAAAAUUGAUUUCCUACAAUUUUCAAUUUAAAUAUUUAAAA